AAAAAUGACAUAAAUAAUAACAAUACUAGUACACUGGGACAAGGGGAGUUGAGAUAUACACAUUGAGUGUUCAGUGUUGGGCUGUUCACCCAUAACGUAACAAGUAAGUUCCAGCACUGUAUUUUAUUCUCCUUUUUUCUCUCUCUCUCUUACCUUCCAUGGAAGCCAAUCUGAAUGUCACCGAUCUCUUUAGAUAGUUUGUGUGUUGGUUAAGGAAAGGGCUUCAAAGUGUCGUGUCUUCUAGGUUUCACUGCACGACGGUGGCGGAAUCUUCUUGCUUCCUUCUCUUUCGGAGAUAUACGAAUACCCUUUGAUUCAACUUUGGAUCUUCACCUCGGAUUUUCUUCCAUUGCUGGGUUUAACACACUUGGGGGUUUUCCCUGACCCAACUGUGUGCGACAACCACAAAGUACGAUCCUUUUAUUAUGUUCUUUUUCUUGAGAAGAAAAUGAAAAGGUCUUUCCAUUUACGUAUCUGAACGCUUGAUAAAUCACUGAGGAAUUAGUUAUAUUGAAAUUUAACAUCUAUGGUGUAUUCUUUCUAGAGGGGAAAGAAAAUGGCUACUCUUCAAGAUAUUACGCUUGCAGCUGCCUUGAACAUUUUGAGUGCAUUUAUUUUCUUUGUGGCAUUUGCUAUUCUGAGGCUUCAACCUUUUAAUGAUCGGGUGUACUUCCCAAAAUGGUACCUGAAGGGUUUAAGAACAGAUCCUGUAACCGGAGGAGCGUUUGUGCGCAAGUUUGUCAAUUUAGAUUGGAGAUCAUAUCUUAGGUUUCUGAAUUGGAUGCCAGCUGCACUUAGAAUGCCAGAACCUGAACUUAUUGAUCAUGCUGGAUUGGACUCUGUUGUUUACUUGAGGAUUUACUUGAUAGGACUUAAAAUCUUUGUUCCAAUAGCAUUCCUGGCAUGGGCAGUUCUGGUUCCUGUCAACUGGACUAGUACUGGGCUGGAAGCUGGAAUGAGCAACAUAACUUCGAGCGACAUUGAUAAACUCUCAAUUUCAAAUGUCCAUAGUCGAUCUCAAAGGUUCUGGGCGCACAUAAUAGUUGCUUAUGCAUUUACCUUUUGGACAUGCUUUAUUUUACUAAAGGAGUAUGAAAAAGUUGCCGCAAUGAGAUUGCAAUUUCUUGCAGCAGAAAAACGUCGUCCUGAUCAAUUUACGGUGCUUGUUAAGAACAUUCCACCAGAUCCUGAUGAAUCUGUAAGUGAGCUUGUGGAGCACUUUUUUCUGGUCAAUCAUCCAGAUAACUAUCUUACUCACCAGGUUGUUUAUAAUGCAAACAAACUUGCAAAGUUGGUUAAAAAGAGGAAGAAAUUGCAGAAUUGGCGUGUAUAUUAUCAAAAUAAACUUGAAAGAACUUCUGAAAGACCUCAAAUAAAGACUGGUUGCCUUGGUCUUUGCGGUGACAAAGUAGAUGCUAUUGAUCAUCAUAACACUGAAAUUGACAAACUGUCAAAGGAAAUAGCUUUAGAGAGGGACAAGGUCACCAAUGAUCCCAAGUCUAUCAUGCCUGCUGCCUUUGUUUCGUUUAAAACUCGAUGGGGUGCUGCAGUUUGUGCACAAACUCAACAAACCAGAAAUCCAACAAUGUGGUUGACUGAGUGGGCUCCAGAGCCUCGUGACGUUUAUUGGUCGAAUUUGGCAAUUCCAUAUGUUUCCCUCACUGUUAGAAGGUUGAUCAUAGCUGUUGCAUUUUUUUUCCUGACCUUCUUUUUUAUGAUCCCAAUUGCAAUUGUACAAAGUCUUGCAAGUCUUGAAGGAAUCCAGAAAGCAGCACCGUGGUUGAAGCCUCUUAUUAAUAUCCAUAUAAUUAAGUCAUUCAUUCAAGGUUUUCUACCCGGUAUUGCAUUGAAGCUUUUUCUCAUCUUCUUGCCCACAAUAUUGAUGAUCAUGUCAAAAUUUGAAGGCUUUGGAUCUAUUUCAUCUCUGGAGAGAAGAGCAGCAUCUAGAUACUAUCUUUUCAGUUUUGUGAAUAUAUUUCUUGGGAACAUACUUACUGGAUCAGCAUUUGAACAGCUGGACUCUUUCAUCCAUCAACCAGCCAAUCAAUAUCCUAUAACAAUUGGCACUGCAAUUCCUUUGAAAGCAAGUUUCUUCAUCACUUAUAUAAUGGUUGAUGGAUGGGCUGGUAUAGCUGCAGAGGUUUUGAUGUUGAAACCACUAAUCAUAUAUCACUUGAAGAAUUUCUUCUUGGUGAAGACUGAAAAGGACAGGGAAGAGGCUAUGGAUGCUGGGAGUAUUGGUUUUAACACUGGAGAACCUCGAAUACAGUUGUACAUUUUACUGGGUUUAGUCUAUGCUGCAGUGACACCUUCUGUUCUUCCUUUCAUAAUAGUUUUCUUUGGGCUGGCCUAUGUUGUGUUCCGUCAUCAGAUAAUCAAUGUUUAUAAUCAAGAGUAUGAGAGCGGUGCGGCAUUCUGGCCUGAUGUCCAUUUACGUGUCGUGAUUGCACUGAUAGUGUCACAGAUAGUUCUGAUGGGACUCCUGACUACUAAAAAGGCUGCUUCAUCAACACCAUUUCUGAUUGCACUCCCAAUAUUGACGAUAUGGUUCCAUAUAUACUGUAAAGGCCGUUUCGAACCUGCAUUUGUUAGAUAUCCCUUACAGGAAGCAAUGAUGAAAGACACAUUAGAACGAGCUACAGAACCGAACUUGAACUUGAAAGCUUACCUUCAGAAUGCGUAUGUUCAUCCAGUUUUUAAGGCUAGCAUUGAUGAUGAGGAUGAGGAAGAUGCAAAUAGUCAAAAGUGGGAAACUGAGAGUGUUACUGUGCCCACAAAACGGCAAUCAAGAAGGAACACACCAUUGCCCAGCAGAAUAAGUGGUGCAUCAUCAUCUCCGUCUCUGCCUGAUGCCAUUCGACAGCAACCGGAGCCAUAAAUCAUGGACCAAGGAAAUUAUAUUAUCAUUAUUGGACCCACCACGUAGCCUAGGAUAUGGACGUGCACAUGUAACAUACAAUGGGCUACAUAAGUUGACACGAGUUUCCAGCUUAAUCUGAGAAAACUGAGUGGUUUGUAAGAAGCUAGUGAUCGGCACAAACUAUAUAUAAAGUAGAGAGAUUCUUUGAUAGUAUUUCGGAUUUUGUUAAUAGUGAAUUUGUUCUCUUAGUAGAUAUAUACUUUCAAAUCUGUAUCACCAAGCAGAUAGAGGAUUUGCAUAACAUUACAACACGGAAUGCUGUAAAUUAUCCAAGAACUGAGCAUGGUUUAGAUUGUGUGUAUAAUUUUUUCUCUCUUUUAAUUA